GUGGGUUUUGCCAUUUCUAUUGCGCGGCUUUUUCGUGUCGUUUGGGCGCGGUACCUAACUCUCACUACCAGUGCCCCCUACAGCGAAGGGCCUCUAAAACUGCCCUUCCAACGACCCGCCACGGAAUGUCGCACAUUCUCUUCCCCGGCGGUUGAGAAGGUCAUUGAAGAUGUCACUUCGCGCAUGGUCGAUAAAGACCUCGCCCAACUGUUCCGAAACGCCUUCCCCAACACCCUCGACACGACCAUCCGAUGGCACACGGACAAGACGCCCGCGUCGAGUAAGCACAAGCGGGAAGGCGCCCAGUGGGAGGGCCCGCAGACGUUCGUCGUGACGGGCGACAUCAAUGCGGAGUGGCUGCGCGACUCGACGAAUCAGCUGGCCGGGUACCAGUCUCUGACGAAGAAAGACAAAAAGCUGCAUAACCUUAUCCUCGGCGCGAUCAACACCCAAGCAGAGUUCGUCAUCCAAUCGCCUUACUGCAACGCGUUCCAGCCUCCGCCGCCGAGCGGUCUCAAGCUUACCGACAACGGCCAGGACGACAGGGUACACCCGGCCUAUGAGCCGUCUGUGGUCUUCGAGUGCAAGUAUGAGCUCGACUCGCUGGCUCACUUUCUCGCGCUGAGCACGGAAUUCCACGAAAAUUCGAAGUCGACGGAGUUCCUCACGGACAGGUGGUACUCCGCGCUGCAGACGCUCCUGAAAGUGCUGGACGCGCAGGCGAAACCCACCUUCAACGAGCAAGGCCAGUUCGUCCAGAACCAGUACACCUUCCAGCGCAAGACGGAUCUGGGCACCGAGACGCUGAACCUCGCGGGCAUCGGCAACCCGCUGAGCGGGCAUACAGGCCUGAUUCGCAGUGCGUUCCGGCCCAGCGACGAUGCCACCAUCCUGGGAUUCUUCAUCCCGCCGAACGCCAUGAUGGCCGUGCAAUUGAAGAAGACCGCCGAGAUGAUCCGUACCGCGGGCGGCAAGGCCGAUCUCGCGCGCGACCUGCAGCAGCGCGGCGAGCGGCUUGAUCGAGCUGUGCGCGAGCACGGCGUCGUCCAGCACGCCAAGUACGGCGAUGUUUUCGCCUUCGAGGUCGACGGGUACGGCUCGCGUAUCUUAAUGGACGACGCGAACAUCCCGUCGCUCCUGGCGUUGCCGAUCCUGGGCUACGUCGACAAGGACGACAAGGUCUAUCUGAACACCCGCAAGAUGAUCCUCGACAAGGAGUCGAAUCCAUACUAUCUCACCGGAAGUGCGUUCCACGGGAUUGGAGGACCACACAUCGGACUCCAAAACGCCUGGCCCAUGUCCCUCCUCGUCCAAGCCAUGACAUCCGAUUCCGACGAAGAGAUUAAGGAAUCUAUCAACCUCGUGCGCAACUCCAGCCUCCUAGGCCUGGUGCACGAGUCCAUCAACGUGAACAACAUCAAAGACUACACGCGGCCGUGGUUCGCGUGGGCCAACUCGGUCUUUGCGCAGACGAUCUUGAAGAUCGCCAAGGAGAGACCGGCGUUGAUUUUUGGCGAGGGUGCUACUCCGUAUGUUCCGCAAUAAUUGGGGUGAUUUUGGCUGAACAGUCCUUUUCUCGCCUUUUGUUUAUUUCUUUUAGGUCCAGUAUCGUUGGUGGUUUUGCAUAUUCCUUAUUAAUAUAGUGUUUGCAUACAUGUACUUAGUUUCUUGCACUGCAGAAU